CCGGCCGCGGGCCUCAGUCACCAUGUCAGUGCUGGACGCGCUUUGGGAGGACCGGGAUGUCCGCUUCGACGUGUCCGCGCAGCAAAUGAAAACAAGACCUGGAGAAGUCCUUAUUGAUUGUUUAGAUUCAAUUGAAGACACCAAAGGAAAUAAUGGGGAUAGAGGUAGACUCUUGGUAACAAAUUUAAGAAUUAUCUGGCACUCUUUGGCAUUAUCCAGGUUCAAUCUUUAUUAUCCAGCUAUACUUACAGUAGUGCUAAAUUUUCAAGCAUAUGAAACUUCUAAAAUGUAUCGUGAUUUUAAAUUGAGAAGUGCACUAAUUCAAAACAAGCAAUUAAGAUUAUUACCACAAGAACAUGUAUAUGAUAAAAUCAAUGGAGUAUGGAAUUUAUCCAGUGAUCAGGGAAAUUUAGGAACGUUUUUUAUUACUAAUGUGAGAAUCGUGUGGCACGCAAAUAUGAAUGACAGUAAUAGCCUCAGGCCAUUUCCUUUCUUCUUCUGUUCCUUUUCAAGGCCUAGCUCAAGAAAAACUGAGUUCCCUUGGCAUUCACAGUCUACGAGUGGAGGAUAUGUUCUUGGCUUUAAAAUAGAUCCUGUGGAAAAACUACAAGAAUCAGUUAAGGAAAUCAAUUCACUUCACAAAGUCUAUUCUGCCAGUCCUAUAUUUGGAGUUGAUUAUGAGAUGGAAGAAAAGCCACAGCCCCUUGAAGCCCUGACAGUUGAACAAAUUCAAGAUGAUGUAGAAAUAGACUCCGAUGAUCACACGGAUGCUUUUGUGGCUUAUUUUGCUGAUGGAAAUAAGCAACAAGAUCGUGAACCUGUAUUUUCAGAAGAACUGGGGCUUGCAAUAGAGAAAUUGAAGGAUGGAUUCACCCUACAGGGACUUUGGGAAGUAAUGAGUUGAUCUUGAGUUGAGCUGCAUUUCUAUUUAAAGAUAUCUCAAGACUAAAGAUA